ACAACAGUGAGAGUGAAUCAGGUUGGACAAUGUACUUAGAUCAUCAAUCUUCAAUCUGUUCUUCAUAUGAUCAACAUCAUGAUCAUGAUCAAUACCCAUCAGCAAUUAGUAAUGGAAGAUGGAAUUAUGAAAACAAUGAAGAAUUGGAUCUGUCCAUGGUUUCUGAUGCUUCAUCAAUGCCUAAUCCUUAUUAUUAUAGUCUCCAAGAGGAGAAUGAAGAUCAAGAUUGUUGCAGAUUCAACUCAUGUGAGAAAUCUUCAAGAAAUCAACCAAAGAAAGAUAUCAUCAAGAGGAUGAAGAUGAAAGAUAAGAUGUUUUAUAAUAAUAAUUAUCAAUCUCUUGAUGAUACUGCAAGUUCCCAUCCAAUUAGCCAUAAUCUUUCAAUUCAUGAGCAUGAAGCUAUAUACAGCAGUAACAAUGCUUCAUCUGAAUUAUAUUCCAUGGAAUCAAAUGCAAGAAAACAGACUUUUAAGGGAAAAUCAUCAACAUCUGUGAAGAAAAGUUACUCCAGGUCCUCUCUCAAAUGAGAGAUAGGAUAUAGAAGCUGGUGGGUCAUUUAAUUUUCCAUUUAUUAGCCAUA